CUAUCUGUGUGUCGAGGGCAUUCAGUGUAGAGCCAUGGCUAAGCGAGUGCUUUUGGUCCUGGCAUUGCUCAGCAGUGCGGCGGGGCUGAACCUGAGCCCAAAAGAUCAGCAACAAAUCACUGGAAUCGAAAAGGAGUCUCUGAUGGGUACCAUUUUCUUUAACCAAGUGGGUCUGGCGCAUAUGAUCGAGAAACAAGGCAACAUCACCCAAGCCGUGUCCGAUGGGAUGGCGCGCAUGGAGGAGGCGCUGACGAAGUACCUGGACAAGGAUUCCAGUUUCUCCCGAGAGAUGGCGGUGAUGCGAACGAGUGUAGAAAACUUGACCUCUUUUGUGAGCAGUUACAUUGAUAUGGGAGAGAGUGCCCUCACGAGAGAAAACGUCACAGGUCACAUCCUGGUGAAGCUCCGGGACCAGGAAGAGGCAAUCAAGAAAACGGAAAACGAAAACGCAGAAGUAAAGACAGAAAACCAACAGCUGAAGGAGGAAAAACAGGUGCUGAGAACGGAGAACGUGCAGCUUAGAGCCGAAGUCCUCCAGACGGAAGAGGAAAUGAGGAAAGUGAAAGAGGAAGCGAGAAAAGUGCAGGAGGACAAGCGCAAAGCCGACGAAGACAGACGCAAAGCGGAAGAAGACAGACGCAAGAUGGAGGACGACCAGCGAAAAGUGGAGGAAGACAGAAGAAGAACGCAAGAGGACAAGAGGAAGAUCUCCGAGGACAACCGCCAGCUGCUCGACCAAGUCCGCCAACUGCAGGAGGAAAACCGAAGGAGAGACAACGAGACGGAGGCCCUCCGCCAGAACCACGUGGACCUUCAGGAGGAAAACGAGAACCUGCAGUCGGUCAUCUCACUUUUGGAGGAUGAAAAGGAGGCGCUGGAGGACAAGAUCAGCGUCUUGGAGGGCGGCAACGUGACCACCCAGCAACUGCGAAGCGCAUUAUUGCAAAGGAGCCUUAAAGGACGCUGUUUACGAUGUGUUCCCGUCCAGAAACGAAGGCCCUGCCACCGUGUGGUGUGAUAUGUCCUCCUCGAAUGGCGGCUGGACCGUGUUCCUGAAGAGACAGCAGCAGAAUAUCCAAGAGAACUUCGCCAGGCCUUGGGAGGAGUACACGGAUGGCUUUGGUGAUACAAACGCUGAACACUGGCUGGGUCUCGAGAAUCUGCACAAGAUGACGAACGCCGCGCCCAUGGUCCUCCGUCUGGAGGUAAAGGCGUUCGACGGCGCGAGUCGCUGGGCCGAGUGGGACACCUUCAGCGUCGCCGGCAGUGAGACGCAGUACAAGCUGACCGUAGGAGGCUACUCGGCAAACAGCAGCCUGGGCGACCCCCUCACCUUCUCGAGGAACGUCAGCGGGAUGGCCUUCUCCACGCUGGACCGGGACAACGAUAAACUGUCGCUCGACUGCGUGGAGUACUACUCGAGCGGCGGCGGCUGGUGGUACGCCUCCUGCUCGGACAUCAAGCCGACGGCGCCGCUGACCUCCUCGGGGCGGCUCAACACCCUCAUGAUGAUGUGGUGGACGACCUCGUAUGCGCAGUGGACCAGCCUGAGGGAGGUCAAGUUCAUGUUCCGGCCCAGGGAGAGGUCAGAGUUUUGCUCGCUGUGAGCUGACCUUCUCUGAAACUUCUUUUUCGAUCUUUCGAACUG